AUGGGGGAAACUGCCAGUCGCCUGGCUGCCCCGGCGCCUUUGAACCCGAAGAAGCUGACGCCGAGGCAGCUACAGCAACUACUGAAUAACUUUGGCCUUAACGAGCUGUCCCCCUCGAAGGCCCGCAUCUCACUGCUUGCAUUUGUACGCGCCUUCCCCGGAGUGCUACAAGGCCAUGCUACUUUGCUACUGCCAACACUGAAAGAGAUCGCGCGGCAUCAGCAACUGCCCGCACAGCCGCAUGGACAGUCGUUUGCUACCCUCAGCAGUAGCAGCUUGGUGGCCGAUGUGGACGGCCGUGUGCCAACCAAUAUCGUGGGUGCUCGUUGCAGCAAGCCGAGCAAAAAGCAGGUUGAGGCUCUGAAAAUUGCAAACAGCAUUACGCUUCAGGAGAUCAUUGACUCCAUCUCCUCCUGUUGUUCGGGAGAAGCCCCUGAAACUGAAGUGCUGCUGACUGAACGAAUGCUCGGUAGAAUCGCCAGAGCCUUUCAGCCCCGGUGGAUUCAACUUGAAGAAAAUGAGCACCUGAGGAACGCACUCGAGACAAUUGGAGGUGUUAGCCUCGCCCCAAGGUACUGCAGGAAGAGCUCGAUACACCGCAGCGCCAGCGGCAGCAUCAGCAGCGCAUGCAGUCGCCGCAGCCUUACGUUUAUUUCGUUGGGGUGUACCACGAGGGCCUGUGUAUCCCUCAUACAGCUGCUGCAUCUUGGCUACUUGGAGAUGAUGUUUCUGAUCAACUCAAGCAGCCUUCUUUUCCAAGACCAAGUGGCGCGCACCACCAGCGGACUGACCUGCAACGAGGCGCAGGAGCUGCAUAUCAGGGCUCAUCCCACACGUGGCAUACAUGCAACUUCAGCCUGGGACUCUGCACCGGCCUUGAAAAUGGUGUUUCCUAAGGAGUUGAACUUUACGUUCGCCAUCAGAGCGAUGGCCUCCGCCUUCGCUGAGGCAGCCGCCCCCACAACCAUCCACGCCUCCACUCCCACGGCAGCUGCAGUCGCGAACGCGGCAGUAGCAGUGACGCAGUUGGCUGCACACUUAUCCGACGGUACCCAUGCACGCACCUCCAGCGUGGAGCUGGCGGCUCAGGCCUCGGGAGCCCUUCUGCAUGCAAGCUCUAGCACCAUUGGCAGUGGUGGUCUGCGGCAUGAAGUGUUCGCUGUGCUCUCGUGGAUUAGGGCGGCACUGCCUGCGCUCCCCGCCUUGUGCACCCUGGGAGUUGCUGCACACCUGCUAGGUGAUGCGGUCUUUGACGGGCAGCCUCAGCAGGAGCGACGCGAUUCAAGUACAACCAACGUGCAGUACUCAGUGUAUGCGUCUCGGCGCAGACGAAGUCGCUCGUCACUGCGAGAGACAUCGACCCUAAGAGGACGAGAAGCCAAUGGAUUGAUGCCUACGAGGGUCGCUACUUGUAAGCGAAGCAGCAGCGCCGAGGCCAUUUCAGUAGAGUCAAAAGGUUGGCAUGGUGAGGGGCCUCUGGACGCUAGAAGCAAAUGCUUUACCGACGAACACGCUUUCGUGCUGCGGCUAACCACGACGCUUUUCCCCUUUCCUCCCAAGGCACCAUGGACGUGCCUAUAUGCCUCAUGGAAGCACGGAACAAGCUUUAGCAGACUUUCCGCGCACUGCUUUUUCUAUUCGGCUCCCAUGGUGCUCGUCAUUAAGCUGGAAGAGGGUCAGGUGCUUGGCGCCAUCAUUUCGAGUGAGCUGAAAGAAGGCGGGCAUGUCUUCUUCGGUGAUGCGGGCACGUGUCUAUUUUCACUGGAACCGCAGCUAAACAUUCUUAGGACCAGCGGUUUGGGGAGAAACUUUGUGUAUUUGAACACCAAGAAUAAAUUCUAUCCUAUCGGCCUUGGCUUUGGAGGCCAAGUUGGGGCGUUUCGUUUGUGGAUUGGUGACGAAAUGAAGGGGUGUUAUAUCACGAAGAGUGACUGCACGUAUUCGCCAGGCCGGAUGUUGCAGAAGAUGAAUGAGCCGAUUCCACAAACUUUCAAUCCCCAGGACAGUGUCACUGCACUGCAUUCAGCGGUUGGAGGCACAAACAUCUCGUCGUCUUCCCGGCCACCAGGCGCAGCAUCAGCAUGGCCCACCGUGGCUGCCCCUGAACCCGAAGCGAGCCAUACAGCGGAUUUUCUGGUUUCUAUUAAUGUGAAAGAAAUUGAGAUAUGGGGCACCGGAGAUGCCAGCACCCUGGAACAGCAGAGGGUGCUCAUGAAGCAACAGGAACAGCUUCGGCAGGAGCGUCGCCAGGUAGACAAGGGCCGCCUGCUGGACAGCAACUUUGACAGAGAAUUCCUUUUGGGUGAGACCUUCAAUCGCGCGAAGGGUCCCGACGUGCCCGCAGUUUGA